GUCGUAGUCGUCUUAGUCAAUCGUACGACUCAAUCGUAUCGUGCGAGUGAUUUUUACAAAAUACAAAAUACCUCAUUUUUUCUUUUACUUAGGGUCUCCGACACGUGCCGUGCUCGACCGAGCAAAAAUUUGAUUACCGUACCGGCCGGUAGUACAGUAAAAUCUGUACUGUACUACCGUAGGACAGUUUAAGUUCCACCGUUUGAAACGCUUAGCAUCAUUGAUCGUUGAUUCGAUACAGUAACGGAUCAAAACUCGAUAUCAACGAAGCAGACUUUACAGACGCCAUUUCAUGAUGACCGAGGAAACAUAUGUACCGAAAUACCUCCAAAGUCGGCAAAACCUUCGACUGGUUGACGAUGAUGAGAAGUUGACUAGCAAAAGAACACGUCGGAGAAAACUACUGAGCAUAGAUGUUAGUGCCGUGAACACCAAAUCGUCUGCAAACAUCGACCAGAAGAACUCUGGCGACAAAGAUUAUCAAUUUGGUGACACAACCUACCGCCAUGAUGGAUUUAGCAUCGGCAAAGAUUAUUUACGAUGCGAUGGGAAAACCCUUACUCGAGGAAAACUCUUUUCAAAUUCGACGACCAUUGGAGAGAUAAUAGGACAAGGGAAUUUUUCUCAGGUAUAUAAAGGUACGUUCAUCAAUGCUAGCAACAGCAUGGGAAUCGAUUGUUCGAAGGAAAACCCUGUUCCGGUGGCAAUUAAAAAGAGCACCGUCUUCGACAUUUCGGAACAGCGAAAGAAAAUGCUGCUGAAAGAAUUGAAAGCGCUAUCUCAACUCCAAUCAAAAGCUCUGGUUGGUUUUCACGGGGCGUUUUUGGAGGAUGAUGCCGUAGUAUUGGUAAUGGAGUACAUGGAUGGAGGAUCUUUGGAACAAUGGAGACAGAAGAAAAAAACUGAUAAUAUAUCGGAUUUAUUGUCGACGAAAUCUUCAAGAUUGAAAAGAGAACGAUUUGUUGUUUCGAUUGCCUAUCAGGUACUAAAAGGGCUAGAAUACUUGCAUAGUCAAAGGAUCAUUCACCGUGAUAUCAAACCAGGCAACAUUCUGUUGAAUAGUCGAGGCGAAGUGAAACUAUGCGAUUUUGGCAUCUCGUCGUUGUACGGAGAAGACGAUGCAUCCCUUCAGACUACUGUCGUGGGAACAUCUCGUUUCAUGUCACCCGAACGACUCCGAGCAAAGCCUUACGGUAAGGCCAGCGACAUUUGGAGUUUCGGUCUCGUGAUUCUGGAACUUUGGAAAGAAGAAAUCCCCUUCAAGGAAUGUGCGUCUAUCGUCAGUCUUGUAAUUACGGUGGAAGAAACAUCGCUCGAUGACUUGCUAUCCGGCAUUCGGUCGUUAUCUGGGAAUUUGUGGGACAUGUUAGUAUUUUGCCUCCAACAGGAACCGGUGAAGCGCAUGCCAGCAUCGAUCCUUCUGCAGGCGCCUUUGUUCACAGCACAGCAUCAAAUUACAACGCUGGAAGAAGCUAGAAUUUUGUUGUUUGAAAAUAAUCGUCAAUUCUGAGAAUGCUAUAAUUUUUUUCUUCAAGAUACGAGAUGACUAACCAAAGAAUCACAAAUGGGUCAUUCCCGAUAGUCUAGAUGGUCUAAAGUCUAGUUUAGACUUUUAGUUUAACGGGAAUCAUUAAAAACAGAGCCCCAACGGACAAUUUUUCAGGCGCUCUAUAAAAAAGAGGAAUCUGGAAUCUCAACAGAAAUGACUAUGACUGGAUUCAAAAGUGCACGCGCGGGCGCCAUUUUUUUGUGGUACUAAGUAAAACACCAAAUUUUGA